AUGUCGUCGGGCUCACACGUUCGGGGGGACCCGUGGAUGAUCCAGGUCCUGACGCCCGUUGCUGUCCUCGUCACAGCAGUGGUCGGCGUCCGCAUUUCGCUGCGCUUCUCUCGGCGAACUGGUCUCUGGCUGGACGACUGGCUCAUUCUCGUCUCUUUGGUGUUUGUCUGGGGCUUGUACGCCAUAAGUGUCCUCACCGUCACCAUCGGGGGCAUCGGUACGCCUUUCAGAACCAACGUGGCUACCGAUCCUUCCAUGGUAUGGCUGGGACACACCCUCAAACUCCUCUACGCGAGCCAGAUGGUCUAUGCGACAUCGAUCAUGACAGCCAAGCUCAGCAUCCUCGCGCUCUACUGGCGGCUCUUCCCCACCCUUUUCAUGAAGCGCGGCUGCAUCGUCCUCGCCGUCAUGACGGCAAUGUGGUGGAUUGCCGGCGUACUCGUCGAUAUCUUUCAGUGCACACCCGUCAGCAGGGCUUUGGGCCCGUCCAUACCGACCGAGGGCUGCAUCUCGCAGGAUGCAUACUGUUUCGGCAUGAUCAUACCCAAUAUUCUGAUCGACAUGGCGAUAUUGUGCCUGCCGACGUUCGAGGUUUCCAAGUUGCACCUCCCGCGGAGCCAGAAGUGCGCUUUGGCGAGCGUGUUCCUCCUGGGCGCAGCUGUCAUGUCUGCGAGCGGCAUCAGACUGCACUACCACUUGCUGCUAGUGACUGGUGGAGAAGAUAAAUUUGACUUUACCCUGGGCCUCUUCAAACCGCAGCUGUGGAUGACGCUCGAGCCCGACAUGGCCAUCAUCUGCGCCUGCCUGCCAGUCAUGCGGCCCUUAGUCACGAUGCUGCUGACGUCGCCCUUCUACCGCUCCAUCACGUCGUACCUCACCCCCAGCAAACUCAGCACGAGCGCGAGCGGCAGCCUCGGCGCCAAGCACAGCGCGCAGGCGGCGCUCAACACGAUCGGCGGCUCGUCGGUGCCCAGCAGCACGGCGCGGGGCAAGAUCGGGGCCAGCCACGCCAGCAACCCGUCCAAGUAUGCCCUGUCGUCGUUCGAUUCGCUGGAGUACCUCGCCGACGAGGACGUGGAGGCCGGGCGGCUGGUUCGGGAUGGGCGCGGCUGGUCCUGGCACCGCGACCAUAGCGUAGGAUGCCAGACGCAGGUAAGCCGCAGUCAGAGCAUAGGUGGCGACGAGGUCCCGCUGGGCGCGAUAGCUGUGACGACGGUUGUUGAUUGCCGGGAAACAGCGGGUGGUCCAUCCGCGAGCAGUCACGUAAACUAG